CCUCAAGCUCUGUCAACAAUGGCGGAAUCAACGAACCAGGCUAGCAAUGGAGGAGAAGAAGAUUACAUGGGUGACCUCUCUCAGUUCCUCCCUCCGGAGGCCACCGACCCACCAAAAUCCUUACCCAAAAAGGUGUCCAAUAACAAAACCCUUGCCGUUCCAUCCUCCAAGAAGAAACCCAAAACCCUAAACUGGCAAGAACAACGCAAGUUCGAAAGAGAACAAAAACAACGUGAAGAGGAUGAGCAAACCUUGGCUAAUAUAGAAGCUCCAAUUCCACAGUCCAACAUUGGGUUCAGACUGUUAAAGCAAAUGGGGUACACCCCAGGUGCAGCCAUAGGCAAAGAGGGCUCGGGUAGGGCAGAGCCGGUUGGGCUCGAGAUUCGACGGUCGCGAGCGGGGAUUGGGAGGGAGGACCCACAUAAGGAGAAGAGGAAGAAAGAAGAAAUUAGGGCUGAUACGAAGAGGAAACAUGAGGAGACUCUAAUGGAAGAGUUUGGAUCGAGGCAAAAAUCACAGUGGCGGAGUAAAAAAAUUGUAGUUCAGUAUAAGAAGGCAAAGGCAGCUCUGGAUCAGUUGGAGAACAAAGAAGUUGUGGAGCCAAAGAAGAAUGAAGAUGAGGAGGAAGGGGGUGAACAGGAAGAAGAUGAAGAGGAAGAGAUAACAGAAGAGGAUUUGCAGGACAUAUUGAUGAAACUGAGAGAGGAAUUUAGAUACUGCCUCUUCUGUGGAUGCCAGUAUGAAUCAAUGGAGGCCCUCUUAUCCAACUGCCCCGGAAAUGAUGAAGAUGACCACUAAAACUUUGGCUUUUGUUGAAGAAAGGAGCUCGUUUCGAAGUAAUGCAGCCCAUAUUUGGAGAUUGAACGACUUUGCUUCUGAGGGAAAGAUUUUGCAUUGUUCUUUCAUUCUUGCUAGCAGGUGAUCAUAUGAUUUGCAAUGAUGUGUUUCUAGGUGCAAAAAAAAAAAAAAAAAAAAAUGAGCAAGAAGAAGAUGACAAGGUUAUUCAACCCAAAAUGAGUAGGGAGAGGCAAGGGAAGAUUUUUGCAUGAUUCAUUUUCAUGGGACUGUGUGUAAGCAAAAAUGGCUAUCCCAUGAACUAUCAAAUGAGCAAAAAUGCCCCGUGAUGAAUAAAUCAUAUAAUAUGCCCCGUGAUGAAUAAAUCAUAUAAUAUACCAAGUUACACAAAGUGUAGAAUAUUUUGAUAGCAUGAGUUAUACAUGUAUUCGAAUGUGAGAAUGUUCAUCAGCAAGUUAAAUCAAUGUUGAUUUGAGAAUUUUAUUUCUGUA